ACACCGAAGCAAAUGCAAUCGCCACCCGUCGCGCGCUUCGGCAUAUCUAACUGCAAAAUCUAUCUCUGCGGAUUUCUUUAACGAAAAUCAUAUUUUACUUCCCUCUCUCCCUCCUUCCGCCAUUUUUGCUUGCUCACGCCUCUUCAGCUACUACUCGUUUAUCCACUGCCGCGAUUUCCGUCAGCCGUCGUCGCUCAACUAUCCGGUAAACUCUCCUCUUCGUUCCUUCUUCCCCGAUUCCUCUUCGCUCUUUCCUCCUUGGUUAUCUUUGCGGCGUCUCGUUCUGCUUCGUUCGAUAUUCUUGCAAUGCUGAAUGCUCCGUUUGGUUUGUCGGCACCUGUGCUUUUGAUUUUCCAAUCCGAAUUUUAACCCGACGAUUUUUCUUAGUCUUGUUCUAUCGUCUUCCGGUCGAGCUCUGGGAUUCCAUUUCUGUCGUCAGUUGGCCAGAAUCUCCUUCUUUCACUCCGAUUCCGUUGAUUUUAUACGUCCGGUUUGGAUUCGUCGCCAAAUACUGUGCGAGUUUUUUUGUUGUUGUUGUUGUUGUUGUUCUGGUCUUGUGAUGAACGAUUCGGCAGAAUGAUAUUGCAUUUCUGGUGAAGCAGCAGCAAGUUCAUGGAAUUUUUUCGCAGCUACCUUUACUCGUCUGACAUCAUUUAGUGUAGAUUUUGUUUUGUUCAUCAGACUCCAGACGUUUGUGGCCAUGGACCUUCCCCGGUUUUGUUGUUGUUGUUGUUAUUGUUAUUGCUACUGAAUUUGGCAGCUGGUGGUGAAAGGAAGCCGCCAUGGGGUGUGACAAAGGGCAGCUCAGGGUUGCGGGAAGGUUUCCCGAAGUUGGGGCGAUCUUCAUGUGUAAUCGUGCUACGAAGAAGGAAUGUUUUCGACGCAAACUCUUUGGCCUUCCAUCGGGGAAGGCCGAUUUCGUAGCGCAUGUGAAGGCUGGAAUGAUUUUGUUUCUGUUCGAGUAUGAGAGGAGAGAGCUCCAUGGUGUGUUCCGGGCGUGCUCUGAUGGGGCAAUUGAUAUUGUGCCACAUGCGUAUGGUGAUUCCGGGAUGCAGUUCUCUGCACAGGUACGCAUUGGUUGUGUAUCAUCGUCUCCUUGACUGAUUUUCAUUCAUGUGUAAUGUUAUACGAGAAUGUGGGAAUCAGUGAAUCAAUCAAGAAGGUGAUGUUGAACUCCAACGUUAAUGGUCGUCCAGCUAGUUUCAUUCAACUGCUACUUCCUGUGUUUAUUUCGAUCCUUUUCUCUAGGUAAGGUUCACUACUAUUUUGAGGUGUAGUCCACUUUCGGAGGAUGAAUUUUCUGGAGCAAUCUGAGAAAAUUACUUCUCCCCAAAGAAGUUCAACUUUGGACUGAGUGAAAGACAGGUGCGCACCGUCUCUGUAGCUAAAGAAUAUUUUCCAUCUAUAGAUGCACUCAGUAACCAAAAUCUUUUUUGUGAUUUCUGUUGUAGGUCGAAAAGCUUCUUCAACUCUUCAGCUCAAGGAAGAUACAGCGGCAGCUUCAUCACAGACAAUCUCCACAAAACGAUGUUAGAAGAUCAUCACCUGCAAAUUAUGUGAGUUCUCAUCCUGAAGGAGCAAUCGAUGGUGGCUACAGAAGCCUUGGUAGGGAAAGAUACGAGCAAAAUGCUGUUUCUGGUUCUGGAUCAUUCCGCUCCCCCGAAUAUUCGGAAAACACAACCAAUUUUAUUAGAAGAGCAGUGGAUGAUGCAAGCAUUACUAUAGGAAAUAGUCGUAGAUUGAAUGAUAGGUCUCAAGUGCCGGUUACCCCAACAGAAGACGUAGGGGACCUAAUUGUCAGCAAUAAUGUAGCAUUAGAAAGACCAGUUCAUCGGGAUAACUGGCAGUCAACUUUGGGGGAUUCGAGAAAUAAAAUCAAUGCAGAUUUUGUCCAUGGGCUGGAUGGUGGAAGCCGGUAUUCUGAACACAUUUUAGCUACAGAUAGGAGAAGAGGUUCCAGAACAGCCGGUUAUCAUCCACCUCUCUCAAGUGAGCGGCAACCUAGUGUGUCUCAGUAUCCUAGUCCACCUGUGCAUGGCAGCAAUUCCACUAAUGAAACAAAUUACUUGGUUGGGGAUGAUCGCCAACAUAUUUCUACAGACAGAAGAACAGAUUUCAGAGCUCCUGGUUAUGACCCACCUGUCUCUUAUGAGCAGCAACCUGGUGUUCCUCAGUAUCCUAGUCCACCUGUGCAUGGCAGCAAUUCCAUUUAUGAAACAAAUUACUUUGUUGGGGAUGAUCUCCGACAUAUAUCUGCAGAUAGAAGAAUGGGUUCCAGAGCUCCUGGUUAUGACCCGCCUGUCCCUAGUGAGCAGCAACCUGGUGUGCCUCACUAUCCUAAUCCUCCCGAGUAUGAUCUCCAAUAUAUUCCUAUGGAUAGAAGAACAGUUUCCAUAGCUCCUGGUUACGACCCACCUCGCUCAAGUGAGCAGCAACACGGUGUGUCUCAGUAUCCUAAUCCACCUGUUUAUGGCAGGAAUUCCUUUCUUGAAACAAAUUCAUUGGUUGGCGAUGAUCUCCAACGUACUUCUUCUAUCAUGCAUCACUCAUCAACAGAGCCAAGUUACUCACAUUUAAUGUCCUAUUCACACUUAGAUGGUCCUCACCCAGCACCAUCCAGCAGACCAGGAACUGGUAAUAUUAGCACACAACCUUACAACCCAGAGGCUCCCAGUUUUGACACUAACCACGCAUCCCCCUUUCUAAGAGUCUCAAGUUCAUCUCUUGAUGAAUCCCUUCCUGCACUCAACAGAGCCGUCUCUUUUCCAUCUUAUGAGAAUGAGCUACCUCGACCGUACAGGCAGGUUAGAGAUGACAGCAUGUUGCUCCCACGGUAUGCUCAAUCUAAUUUGUCCAAUGACAGCAAUGAAGCCUCCUGCAGGUCUAACAUGCUUUACCGUUCAAGUUUUUCAAGGGAGUCCUUUCCAAGGCCAUCCCUCCCUCCUCUACAACUGCCAUCUGAACGUCAACGUGGCCGUACUACUACAAUUGACGACCGUUCCUUAUUGGCUCCUCGAAUCAAUACUCCUUCAGUUUCAGGCCGUAGCCACUUGGUGACUACUUCACUGGAAGGUAAUAUUCCACAGUCUAGAAGGGCUCAUGAUGCAGUUCCUUGGAGUGGCAACAGCAUUCCAAAUUCGGAGCAAACUCAAGACAGUAGAAGAACAGAUUACGGUGCUUAUUCUCCAGUUGAUCUGUAUAGUGGUCAGGAUUCUGAAAGGAGGAAUUCAGAUCAACAAAAUCGUAGAAAGCGUUCUGUGUUUGACCGCAUGGUUUUUCCUACUACACAAGAAAGGGAACAAGAAGAUAGUGCUACCAACUCUGUUGGAGAUGAUGAUGAUGACGACAAUCAAGAUGAUUUUUCUGUGAGUGAAAUCAUGACUUCAUUGAGGCAGAGUAGCUAUCGAUGGCUGAAUGAGAAGACACCAGCCAAGUUUUUGAAUGAGAUACGCAAUAGUGGUUUCCAGUAUCAAGUAGGAAAUAAGAAAAUACAAAUAAUGACUCCAGAAACCAAGUCAGCUGAUGAUCACUUGGCAGUAGGAGUGCCAGUAGAGGAUUAUGGUGAUGCUCUCACUACCAACGAAGAAAGCCCUCCUUUUGUGGAUUUCAAACGUCGUAGUAGUACAAUGCGUAAAGCUCAUCAGGUUGAUGCCGCAAAACCUACUGGCAAUGACAAUGUGUUGAGUGCUGAAAACAAGCCGUCCAAGAGGAGGAAGUUAAUCAGGCCUAAAUUUGGUGAUGAGACAUAGCUGCAUUGACGAUGUCAUGGUGAUAAAAGCUUGGAUGAAGGCCAGCAUUAUCCAUCAUCUAAAAAUUGUUGAGCUGUCUGUUGUCACACCCAGCGGCUGUUUGUCAAGUUAACUGCUUUCAGCAGUGGAGUUCCCUGUUCAUAAGCACAAUUUCAUGAAUUUUUGUCGAUCUCCGACUUUUCUUCAAGAAUGUGAACUGAAGCUAGAUAUAGGACUUGAUGUUUGCUGAUUGAGAUAUUAGCAGGUAAUUGCUCUGACAUUGCCUUGUUGGUGGGGCUUUUUGAUUCACUGCUGAACUCUCAGUGCCCUCAUGGAUGAAGCUUUUUUGCUGGGAUAAGUCAGGAGACCUUGGAAGGCGGACAGAGUUCUUUUGUACCAAUGACUUGUUCACCUUUUCCUUCUCCAACCUUUUCCUUUUUGUGUACAUAUCUCUCGAUGGGUGGUUAAUGUACAAACUUGCGGAUUUUCUUUUCUGAUCAAUCCUCGUAGCUUAGGUUAGUAGAGAAACUAUAGGUAUGCUUUUUUGCAAUAGGGACAUGUAACUGUUUCAACGCAUGAAUACUAUCAACAUAGUGAAGUAAUGCAAAGCCUUUUGGUGACAGAACAAUCCUUGCUCUCUUUUUCACUCGCAAAUUUUUUGUCACCUUUGAAUUAGUGUCUCUAACAAUACAAGAUGUGGCUUUUAGAAGCAAGUUUGUAGUGCUGUACAGGUAUCCAAAUGCUCGGUGAGUUAUCUCAGACAACAAUGGCAAUGGCUCCAAAUAAUGGCCUCCUGUUAGAAGGUACAUACUUCUUAUUUUCACCUGUCUAUUAUGUUUUCUUCAUAUAUAUCAUGAGUAAUUUUCAGUACAGUCUGUUGCUUUAAGAAUCUGGUGAAUAUACCAACCCUGUUGCAUGGCACAAAUCCCGUAAUUGCAGCUGUUGGAUGUACGGAGUGGCGUCCUAUCUCCGACGCUCGAAUACAAUGGUAAACAUCACAGGCUGUCCGAUCUGUGAUUCAGCAUAAAAAUCAUUCUUGCAUGUUUCGUCGAUCCUUCUUUCUAUUUGAGAGUGUCUUGCUAGUUGUAAAAUAAAUGCUACAGAAACCUUCUUUCUUUUCACUUCAUUUAUUGUCAUGGCAUGCCAAUAUCAUAUUGAGUGUUUAGUGUUUAGCCAGAGAGACGAGAGAAGGGGAGCGGCAUGGGAUAAAGGUGAAGAAGGGAGUCUCGAGAAUCAGGUCUAUGAAUGAGAGAAGAAUGGAAAUGGCAGGCGGCCACUGCACUACUCUGCAUGUGAAUUUUAGCACGUGAAUAUAGUAAAAAUGCUAGGCUGGUGGGGAUAAACAAAACGGUAAUUAAUUGAUUUUUAUGAACCUGCCACCAUUUUCUUCCAACUCUAAGCUUCUCUGCGUGCAGAAUGUGAGAGAGAAUCCAAUGGGCGGGAAGGCAAAUCUCAGGAAGACUGCUGUUGAUUCUUGCCGAUUUCAUCAAUUCCCUCCAAUAUACAUCUAAGUUGGCAGACUCCACUCUCGAACGGUCGCAUGGUGAGAAUUGGGUUGAUUAAAAUUUUGAUUUGUUU